AGAAAAUGAGUACGAGAAUCGUACGAUCUCCAGUGACAUUGACUCAGUCAGCUGUGUGUGUGGUGAAUAGUGGAUUUAAUAAAUUUUGACAAUGGCGCAAAUGAUGAGAUGUAAAUUUGGAUUAUUUUCACUUAAAUAUAUAAACAAUCCACUGUCACGAAUUAUUAAAUAUGAUAAAUAUCAACGUUCAUGUUUUCAUACAAGUUGGUUAUUAAAUGUCAAAGGAAAAGAGAUAUUUAUGCCAUCCUUGUCUCCAACAAUGGAGACUGGAACAAUUGUCAAAUGGAUGAAAAAAGAGGGUGAAACAAUUCAGCCUGGUGAUGCUCUAGCUGAUAUACAAACUGAUAAAGCUGUUAUGACAUUUGAAAUGGAUGAUGAAGCAGUGCUUGCUAAGAUUUUAAUUCCCGAAGGAUCAAAAGAUAUUAAAGUUGGAGAAUUAAUUGCACUUAUUGUUGAACCAGAUGAAGAUUGGAAAACUGUUGAAUUACCAUCAUCAUCUCCAUCAGCUUCAGCACCAUCAACACCAGCAUCAAGUGCUGCAAGUCCUGUAGAAGCUGCUGAACCACCAGCUGGACAAAUCAAUGUUGCAAUGCCAGCUUUAUCACCAACAAUGGCUAGUGGAACAAUUGUCAAAUGGAACAAAAAAAUUGGUGAUACAAUUGAACCUGGUGAUUCACUUGCUGACAUUCAAACUGACAAAGCUGUUAUGACAUUUGAAAUGGAUGAGGAUGCAAUAUUAGCUAAAAUACUUGUUGAAGAAGGAUCUGAAGUAACUGUAGGCCAAAUAAUUGCAAUAACUGUUGAAAAAGGAAUGGAUAUUGCAUCAAUUGUCAUGCCAUCGUUAUCUAGUCCAGCUGCAUCAGCACAAAUUGAUACUCCUGUAUCAUCACCUACAUCUGCUACAAAAACAUCAACACCAGCUGCAUCAAGUGCAUCAACAGUACCUCCAAGUGGACAAAUUUAUGGUUUAGCUGUUAAAAGAUUGUUGGAAGAAUAUGGUCUUAGUUCAGGAUCCAUCAAGGGUACAGGACGACCAAAUCGUCUUCUCAAGAGUGACGUUCUCGAGCAUAUUCAAUCAAAAAAUAUCCAAAAAGUUCCACCACAAAUAGCAUCAACUACUACUGCUGCUGCUCCAACCAGUGUGCCAUCAACUCCUUCAGCAACAUCAGGUCUACGAAGAGGAGCACCAAAAUCUGGUCCUUCAACUUAUAAAGACAUUGAAGUUUCAAAUAUACGAGCAGUCAUUGCAAAACGUUUAGGUGAAUCAAAGAGAGGUAUUCCACAUUCAUACGCAACAGUAGAUAUUAAAUUGGAUGCACUCAAUGAAAUUCGUGAACAAUUUAAAGCAGACAAUAUUAAAUUAUCAGUUAAUGAUUUUAUAACAAAAGCAGUUGCACAUGCAUUACUUCAAUGCCCAGAUGUUAAUUCACUUUACAAGGAUGGUCAAGUAGUUAGAAUGCAAAAUGUUGAUGUAUCAGUUGCUGUUUCAACUCCAUCUGGAUUAAUUACACCAAUUGUUUUUGAUGCAUUAUCAAAAAGUUUAUCUGAUAUAUCAAAUGACAUUAAAACUCUUGCUGGAAAAGCAAGAACAGGUGGUUUAAAACCAAAUGAAUUUCAAGGAGGAACUUUUACAAUUUCAAAUUUGGGAAUGUUUGGAAUUAAGGAAUUUUCAGCAAUAAUUAAUCCACCACAAACUGCAAUUCUUGCUGUUGGCACUGGUCGUGAUGUUCUUGAUACAACGUUUAAAAAAUCAUCUGUUAUGAGUGCAACAUUGUCAUAUGACAGACGAGCAAUUGAUGAAGAUCAAGCAGCAGACUUUUUGUCUGUAUUAAGAUCAAUCUUAGAAGAUCCAACAAUUCUUACAAUUAGCAGGGGACAACAAGCCCUACGACACAGACGAAAUUAAUUUAAUUAAAAUCAUGCAUGAAUUAAAUAAAAUUAAACAUGAAUAAAAUGUAUAAAUAAUUAUAAUAAUAACUACCACAAAUUUGAGAUUCAAGAUAUUGUUUUAAUAGAAAAAGAAAAUAAGAAAAUUUAUUUUAAAACAUCAAUUCAACGAUGUGUAAAUUAAAUUGAUGAAAAUAUAGUUCAAUUUUCAAUAAAAAAAAUUAAAUCAUUAA